AUGUUGCGCAAAGUCCGCGGGCGGUUCGGCGACAAGCUGAACCCUGAUGAUGCUUAUUUGAGUUUGACAAGAGAGGACAUGCAAACCCUCAAGAACGACUGGCUCACAGACAAUAUCAUCUCAUUCUGGGAGGAGUACCUUGAGCACGAAUUUCUGACCCGAUACAAGUCCUCCAACAUCAUCCUCCUCCGCCCUAGCAUGUCAUUCAUGAUCCUACAAACCCCAGACCCCCGCACUCUUCGCGAAGCACUUCCAGACUUCAGCCGAGCCACCCACGUUUUCCUCCCCAUCAAUGAUUGCCGCAAUGUCAGCCAAGCAGAAGGCGGUACCCAUUGGUCCCUUCUGCUAAUCUCUGUCGUCGACCGCAUCGCUUUCCACUAUGACUCUUUGUACCAAGGCAAUGUCUGGGAAGCUGAUGUCGUGACCCGCAAAUUCGGAUACCUCCUCAACAUGCCAAUCAGGUUCAUGCACUUGAAUGACUCGCCCCAACAAGAUGGCGGCAGUGACUGCGGUGUGUUCGUGUGCAUGAACAUGCGACACCUUCUCAUGAAGAGACUGCUUAUGGCAAGCGCGCAUGAGAAGGUUAGCAUGAGUCUUGGGGGACGGAAGGUGGAUGCGCCCGGCUCACGCAAGGAGAUGGCCAAGAUCAUUGAAGGGUUCAGGAAAGAAGGCGAACGCCGACGAUCAACAAGUGCGAGUCCAAUGGGUAAGAAGUCGAGGAGUCCUCCGCGGGUUGAUUGA